CCUGUUAUAUAUACGACCGUGAUUACAUCACACUCUUCGAUUUUCUCAAAAUAAAAUCCAUCCAGGUCUCCCUCAGGAAGCUAAACAGCCACAUAUGCGGCGGUACCAUCCUCAACGCGAAGUACAUCCUCACGGCCGCCCAUUGCGUUUGUCGCGACCAAAGCGCUCGCAACGCCACCUCGUUCACCAUACAGUAUGACCUGCUCACCAUCACCAAGGACCCCGUCAAC